CUUGUUUUCACUUUAUUGAGGUUUGUAUUUAAUCUUAUCAAUUAAAGUGAUCAAGCAAUCAGACUUAAAAUGAUAAAUUAUAAUAUCUAAAUAAUAACACUAACAUUUUAACAGUUAUAAUGAGCUAUGAACAUAUUCAUAUCCUGUUAUAAAGCAUUCAUAAUGUAUUACACACCACGAGCCUCGUUUAUCAAUCUUCUAUUUUAAGUUGUGUGAAUGUUUGUGUAAAUCAAACCGAACAAAAAUUUUCCGCCGGAUCUACAAAAGUUUUGUAAACACUGAUUUUAUUCAUACUAACAUGCAUAUGUUAAUCCCUGACGCAGCUCAUUUGCAUAUAGUGACGCCCACAAAACUCCAUAAAUGGUAAAGCGCACAGAGAGCUGGGAGCAUGAAAUGAGCGAUCAGCGUAAAGACUGAAAAAGAGAAGCGGAAGUUAUUAUAUUAUAUGGCAAGAAAUAUGUUUAAUAUAAUAAUAAUAAUAAUAAUAAUAAUAAUAAUAAUAAUAACAAUAUAAGCGAGCGCUAAAUCCUCCAUCAGCUGAGGUGUUUGUUUACAGCUUUUGUCGUAACUGAAUGACGAGUUUUAUUUGUCUUAAUUUAUGGGUGUGUGUCGACUCGCUUUCUUUACUUUUAUAAUCUUUAAUUAAAGCCACUAAAAUAAAGCGUCUGGUUUUGACUGAAUGUUCUGGAUGGAGCUCUGAGUCCCCGAGCGAGUGAACUAGCAUGAGCGAGUGAACUAGCAUGAGUGAGUGAACUAGCAUGAGGAUGUGUUUCUGAUCGAGACUCUAAAGAUCUUCUGGAUAAAGGCGUCUGCUAAAUGCCGUAAAUGUAAUAAACAUAAACAGUUUAAACUCCACAGAAUAUUCCAGAUAUAUUCAUUCAUUUAUAAUUACUCCAGCUCUGGUCACAGUUUAGUGCGGAAGCUUACGUACAAGGAGUUUUACUUUUUGUGCAUUUUUAUGUACAUCGUGUUUUUAGUGUUGAUUUCAAAAAGAGUGAAGGCGUGAAUUAUAAUAAAGCGCAGUGUUUAUUUAUACGUUUUAUGUUUUGUGACCUUUAGCUGCAGCUGAACAACGAAAAUAAUAAUAAUCACGAGAGAGAGAGAGAGAGAGAGAGAGAGGGAGAGAGAGAGAGAGAGAGAUAGACAGUGAAAGUGAGAAAAAGAAGGAGAGAGAAAGAGAGACAGAGAGAGUUACAGAAAUAGAAAGAUGACAGAAAAAAGAGAGAGAUGGAGAGAGAGAGAGAGAGACAGAAAAAGAGAAAGAGAUAGACAGAGAGAAAGAGACAGAGAGAGAGAGGGAUUGUAUGUUUACAUUUUUAAAACCCAUGAAAACGAGAGAAAGUUUCUGUCCAACCAGACGAGCUCCCGCCUCUCUCUCUCUCUCUCUCUCUCUCUCUCUCUCUCUCUCUCUCUCUCUUGCUCUCUCUCUCUAAAGUGGGCGGAGUCAGACGUCUUGUCUCAGUCUGUCCAGCACUUUCCUCCUACUCAGAGUCUGCUGUAAAGUUUUAUAGCUGGUCUUGCUCUUUUUUGGGAGUCGUGCUAAUCCAGUUCCUGAGGAAGAGAAGAAGAACAAAAGAGGAGGAGGAGAAGAGACGAUGGUCAGUGUGUCAGAGAGCUACAGAGCUGGCUGAAGAUCCAAAAACUGGAGAAGUGACAGCAGACCAGAGUGCCCCCCCCUCUCUCUCUCUUUCUCUCUCUCUCUCUCUCUCUCUCUCUCUCUGUCUGAGUGUCGGAUUUUGGGAGCAGUAACUCGAUCUCGAGGCUUUGUUUUCAUUUUAAAGUUGUGUUGUGUCAGAGAGAGAGAAGAAGAAGGAGGAGGAGGAGGCGGUGGAGAAGAUUGAAGUUCAGGAGAAGUUUGACUUGCUGAGGUCUUGUUUUGGUGAUCGUACGAGUGACAGCACUGACACCAGAAGGAGUUUGAACUUUAGUAGACGUUUCUGAAGAAAGUCAGAAGUUCAGUAGAAGUUUGCUCCACUGACUGCUCGUGUCAGAAGACCAAAGAAUUUUCGUCAAUGUCUUGUUUAUGACAUUUUGUUGUGUGAACCUCAGGAGAUGAUUCAUCUGGAUGUCCUGCUCGAGAGAUUUGAGAAACUGGAUCUGAUUGGACGUCUGACGUUUUUCUUUCCAUUGAUGCUUUAGACUGUUUUAUUUUUUUGUGGUUGUAGUAGAUAAAGCAAAAAUCCCAACACCGCUUGAAAUGUAAUUUCCAUCUCAUUUCUUGAUACUCUGGAUUGAUGCUCUGGAUGGUCUUGGAGCACGUAGGCGUGACAUCAGAUCUUCUCAGAUACUUUUUAGUUCGAAGGAUGAGAUUAGAACAUUACUUUAAAGAAGAACGGUGAGACUGAACUGAGAUUUUAUUUAAUACUUUGACACAAAGAGUCAUUUUUUUGCUUUGAAGAAGAAGUAGAAGAAAAAGGAGGAGGAGCCUGAAGUUGUGUAGAUGCUUCACCUUGAACUUGUGUCUUUGUUUACUGAGCAACUGGACUGGUUGGACAUCAGAUUUCAGAUCUUCUCUGAGAGUGUGUUUGGGGUGCCAAUACUUUAAAAUUGGUAGAAGAAGUAGUCUUCUGCAGAUCUUUCAUUUUUUCAUCUUUCCAUAGCUGAUCCUAAAGUGUACACGAAGAAGAAGAAGAAGAAGAAGAAGAAGACUUGCUGUCUUGUUGGAUGAGAAACAGAACUGAUUGGACGUUUUUAUCUCACAUUUGAUUGACAGCAGAUCCUUUUCUUCUGACGAGGAACUCCAGAAGACGUUUCAAGCAUUCUACCAACUUCCGUUCUCCUUUGUUGAGAGCCGGGUUCUCACGUAGAACUGCCGCUUGUGGCUGAGUUUAGGACGCUAUAAGGACGUUUGGUCAGUAAUAACAUCAUGUUCGACUGCGUGGAGACGUUAGGUGUCGCUUCGAGGCCUCACUUCGACGUGUCCUCUCAGAGUUCCUGCGUGUUGAGGAAGACGAGUUCCUUCUUCUCCGGUCCAGAACCGUUCUCCUACAGCGCCGGCCUGCAGUCGGUGGAGACUCGGAGUACGAGCUCCGAGGAGAUGAUUCCGAGUUCUCCGUCUCCUCCUCCUCCUCCUCGAGUGUAUAAGCCGUGUUUCGUUUGUCAGGACAAAUCAUCAGGAUAUCACUAUGGAGUCAGUUCCUGUGAGGGCUGCAAGGGGUUUUUCCGGCGCAGUAUUCAGAAGAACAUGGUCUACACCUGCCACAGAGACAAAAACUGCCAGAUCAACAAGGUGACGCGGAACCGCUGUCAGUUCUGUCGCUUACAGAAGUGCUUCGAGGUCGGCAUGUCUAAAGAAGCGGUGAGGAAUGACAGAAAUAAGAAAAAGAAGGAUGUGAAGGAGGAAGUGGUUUUGCCAGAAAGCUAUGAGCUGAGUGGAGAGCUGGAGGAGUUGGUGAAUAAAGUCAGUAAAGCUCACAGAGAAACGUUUCCUUCCCUGUGUCAGCUGGGAAAAUACACUACUAACUCCAGUGCGGAUCACAGGGUCCAGCUGGAUUUGGGUUUGUGGGAUAAAUUCAGUGAACUCUCCACUAAAUGCAUCAUUAAAAUCGUGGAAUUCGCCAAACGUUUGCCGGGUUUCACUUCACUCACCAUCGCAGACCAGAUCACACUGCUCAAAUCCGCCUGCCUCGACAUACUGAUGUUGAGGAUUUGUACACGAUACACUCCAGAGCAGGACACCAUGACCUUCUCAGACGGUUUGACUCUGAACAGAACUCAGAUGCACAACGCAGGAUUCGGCCCUCUGACCGACCUCGUCUUCUCCUUCGCUGAUCAGCUGCUUCCUCUGGAGAUGGACGACACCGAGACCGGACUCCUGAGCGCCAUCUGCCUCAUCUGUGGAGACCGUAUGGAUUUGGAGGAGCCUCAGCGAGUGGAUCGGCUGCAGGAGCCUCUGCUGGAGGCGUUAAAGAUCUACGCGAGAAGACGACGCCCCAAUAAACCGCACAUGUUCCCUCGAAUGCUGAUGAAGGUCACUGACCUGCGGGGAAUCAGCACUAAAGGUGCAGAAAGGGCGAUCACACUAAAGAUGGAGAUUCCCGGCCCGAUGCCUCCCCUUAUCCGUGAGAUGCUGGAAAACCCGGAGGUUUACGAGGAGAGUCUUCCUCCUCCCGCCAUCCAGGCCAUUAAACGAGAGAGGGAUGAAGACUCAGCCCCCGAGGAAGAGGAGGAAGAGGAGGAUGAGUGUGCGGAGGAGGAGAGGGAGAGAAGAGGAGACAGUGAGGAUGAUGAAGAGUGGAGCAUCCUGCAGGUGGACGGAGGGGAGAAGAAGAAGAACACGACAGGGAGAGCGCAGUGAUACGAUGGACGCCUGGCUUUUCCUCACACACACACACACACACACACACAGUCACAAACACACACGCACAGUCACAAACACACACGCACAGUCACAAACACACACACACACUCACGCAAAUACACACAGAGUCAGGUUUAAACAUCUGAGUGCGCUAACAGGAAUUUAUUUCAGCAGUUAUUAAACUCUAAUCAGACAUCUUCCCUCAGAUUAUCUUAAGAAUUUAAUAAUAUAUAGAUAAUCCAACUAGCAUUAGCUCUGAAAAAUUCUAACAUUAUAACAUGAAAAUCCUCUCAGAAAUCCUGUCAGAUUAGCACAUUUUAGCCAGCUAGUUUGCAUUAGCAGUAAACAUAUCUGAAUAGGACAAAAAUCCUCUCCUGCUAAGAUGUUCACGUAAGCUAGCUUGUUAGCAUCAACAGUGAUGAUUAAAGACAUAAAAUCUAAAAAUCCUCUCAGAAAUCCUGUCAGAUUAGUUCAUGUUAGCCAGUUAGCAUUAGCAGUAAACAUGUCUGAUUAGGACAAAAAAUCCUCACAGAAAUCCUGUCUGAUUAGCUCAUGUUAGCCAGUUAGCAUUAGCAGUAAACAUGUCUGAUUAGGACAAAAAUCCUCACAGAAAUCCUGUCUGAUUAGCUCGUUAGCCAGCUAGCUAGCAUUAGCAGGGGAAAAGUAAACAUUUAUGAAAAUAUUUUUAGAAAUCUUGUCAGGUUCGCUUAUAUUAGCCAGCUAUCGUUAGCAAUGAAGAUUGUGAACAUUUAUGAAUAUGAUUCAAAAAUCCUCUCAGAAAUCCUGUCAGAUUAGCACAUUUUAGCCAGCUAGUUUGCAUUAGCAGUAAACAUAUCUGAAUAGGACAAAAAUCCUCUCCUGCUAAGAUGUUCACGUAAGCUAGCUUGUUAGCAUCAACAGUGAUGAUUAAAGACAUAAAAUCUAAAAAUCCUCUCAGAAAUCCUGUCAGAUUAGUUCAUGUUAGCCAGUUAGCAUUAGCAGUAAACAUGUCUGAUUAGGACAAAAAAUCCUCACAGAAAUCCUGUCUGAUUAGCUCAUGUUAGCCAGUUAGCAUUAGCAGUAAACAUGUCUGAUUAGGACAAAAAUCCUCACAGAAAUCCUGUCUGAUUAGCUCGUUAGCCAGCUAGCUAGCAUUAGCAGGGGAAAAGUAAACAUUUAUGAAAAUAUUUUUAGAAAUCUUGUCAGGUUCGCUUAUAUUAGCCAGCUAUCGUUAGCAAUGAAGAUUGUGAACAUUUAUGAAUAUGAUUCAAAAAUCCUCUCAGAAAUCCUUUCAGAUUAGCUCAUGUUAGCCAGCUAGCUAGUGUUAGCAAUGAAGAUGACAAAGAUUUAUGAACGUUAUUUAUGACUUAAAAUUCCUUCAGCAGGUGAAAAGUAAAUAUUUAUGAAUAUUAUUUAAAAACCCUUCUCAGGUUAGCACGUUAGCUAUCUAGCUAGCAUUAGCAGGGGAAAAAUAUUAAACAAUUAUGAUUAUGACUUAAAAAUCCUCUUAAAAAUCUUGUCAGGUUAGCUCAUGUUAGCCAGCUAGCAUGAGAAGUAAAGAUUAUUAACAUGUCUGAAUAGGACAAAAAUCCUCUCGGAAAUCCUGUUAAGCUGUUAGUGUUAGCUAGCUUGUUAUCCACAACAGUGAUGGUUAGAUACAUUCCCUCUCAGAAAUCUUGUCAGGUUAGCUCAUGUUAGCCAAUUAGCUAACAUGAGCUGUAAAGGUGACAAAGAUUUAUGAGCAUGACAACAUUUUCCUCAGAAAUCCUGUCAGGUUAGCCUAUGCUGGCUAAUAAGCUUUAGUACUAUGAUUGUGAACAUUUAUGAACACUGUCAGAAAUCAUGUCAGGUUCACUUAAGUUAGCUAGCUAGCUAGUCUUAGCAGUAAAGAUUGUUGUGUUUGUGUAUGUGGCAAAAAUCCUCUCAGAAAUUCUGGCAAGUUGGUUAAUAUUAGCUAACACAUUAGCAUAAUAGAUAUUUAUGAACAUCCUCUCAGAAAUCCUGUCAGGUUAGCUCAUUUUAGCCAACUAGCUAAUGUUAGCAACAUAAUUCACAUCCUCUCAGAAAAUUCCAUCAGGUUAGUUCUAUCAUAUUAGCUAGCUAGCAAGCAUUAGCAGUAAACAAUAUAAACAGUAUAAUAUGAUACAGUUCUGUCCUGUCAGAAAUCUUGCUAUGUUAUUCCAUAUUAGCCAACUAGCUAGCGUGCAGAAAAUGUAUUAAUAUGAUUCAAUUCCUCUCAGAAAUCCUGUCAGUUAAUGCAUGCAGUUAGCAUUAGCAGUGAAGAUGACAAGAAAAUAUGAACAUCCUCUCAGAAAUCCUGAUCGUCUAGCUUGUUAGCUACCUAGCUAGAAUUAGCAGGGGGAGAAAGUUAACAUAUAUGAAUAUGACUUGAAAAUCCUGUCAGAUUAGCUCAUAUUAGCUAGCUGGCAAGCAUUAGCAGUAAAGAUGAUAAACAUUUCUGAAUAUGAUACAAAUCCUGUGAGAAAUCCUGUUAGGUUAGUUCAUAUUAGCGAGCUAGCUAGUGUUAGCAGCAUUAGCAUUUGCGUUAAAGAGCAGGAAUGCGACUCGCUGAAUUAGUUUUUGAUAACUGAUGAAAUAAAACCAGCUCUCGGUCACCGAAUGUCACGUAACAUGAAUUAUUUUGGAUUUAGCCAUAUGAGGGAAAAUUUCAAGAUGGUGGACUGAAAAAAAAAUGAAAGAACGAGAUGGAAAAGAGAAAAAAGAAAGAACUGUGUCCUUUUGUUUGAGUGAAACAAAACUUAAGAAGGAAAGCCAUCAUUCUGACAUGAACAUAAAAUAAAUAUUAAAAAGCAGAUUUUAAUAAAGAAAGAAAGAAAUUCCUCAUAUUGUGACAGAAAUACGUUUACAGCUUCAUGCUUCAGUUAUAAUGAAUAUUAAUCUACGACCUGGCAAACUAUAAAACAUGGAUUAAUAUUUUAUAAAAGCUAUAAAAACUAUAAAAAUAUUUUCUCCUGAUAUUAUUUCAUCUUGUCUAAGAUUAGCAGGUUGUUUUCUUUCGCACGUGCGUUUUGUUUUAUUCCUGAAAGCGUUCAGUGUUGGAGGCGUCGCUGUUCGUUCACAAUAGAAAUGCAGCGAAAACUAGCGAAAAAGUGAAAACUUGGGUUUAAAGUCGAGUUUUAAGCCAAGAGUGAAAUUUUUUAGGGAUUUUUAUCAUUUUUUUCCCCCAAAUUAAAGUUUCAUUUGCUUUUUUUAUUUAUUUUACUGUGACAUUUAUUUUAAAAUGACAAAGAAAUUUGACCUGAGCAUAUUUUCAAACUAGUAAAGAAUUCUAACUAUUUUUGUUUUUCACUAUUAAAAAAAAAACAAGGUGUUAAUGAGGUUAAUGUUAAUGUAUAAAUCUUUCACGUAGGAAUAACGUAUGAAUGUUAGCAUAUUAUUAAGUUACAUUAGGACACUCAGGGCUCUAAAAGGACCAAAUAUUAUACAAUAUCCAGCUACACUUUCAUUUUUAACAAGCUACGAAAGAUGUUCCUUAAAUCAGACAUAAGAAUCCAAAGCCAUAUAAAUUACCAAACGUUGAUAUUUUGCGUAAGUAAAAUUUAUUAUAUGAUGCUUUUACAUGUGAAAUAAUAAAACACACAGUGCCUUAGUGGAUCAUUUCACAGUUUAGCGUCAGAUCAAACGUGAUAAACUGCGCUUCGUUACAGUCACAUGAUCAUCAUGCUAACUUUUUUGAUUAAAUUCAUCCUACACAGUUAGCUACAUUUAUAUUUUUUGGCUAAAUCCAUCCUACAUUUGCCACAUUAGCUUACUUGGCUAUAUCUGUGCUAUAUUGUUUGUCGCUUUUUUUUUUUAUUGGCUAAAUCCAUUCUACAAUGUUCGCUACACGUAAAUGUAAGUGCUAAGUAAAAUUGCAGUGUUCAUAACGUCUCAUCGGUUUAUUCUGUAUGCACUGAUAUCCGGAGUUAUGACAGGGUAAUUAUGGCCUGCAAUUUCCGCACAUAAUUCUGGUAGCUACUAAAAACGAUGUACGCUGCUAAUCCAUCCUGCGUGCUGCGGCUAAAUUACAGCGAUGUAUUAGUAAUAUCGUGAUGUAGCGCUCAUUUAGACUGAACCAAAACAUUUGUACUUUGUACCAAAGCCAUUUCAUUUUUACUUUUUGUGUUUGUAUAUUUGUGUGUGCUAACAAGUUAACCCUCUAUGAGUAUUUUUGUUAUUUAUAAAUGAUAAAAUAAGGUCUAACAAUUUGAACCAAUCGUACGCCAUUAAAAUGGUCACAUGAUGUUCACUUUCAUAUCUGAAAUUAAAAAUUUUAAGCAGCAUACAACUUUGCGUCACAUGGAGGAAAAGUGAUGCUACAAAAGCUCAAUAUGACUUUAAAUAUAAUUAGCAAAAAUUUCUUAAAUUUAAGUCUUAACCCUCUAUGGGAAUUUUUAAAAAUUUUUAAUUAAUAAAAAGUUAUUAAAUUACAAUUAAAUCCAAAAUGAAUCUUAUAUUAAUUCAAAUAAAAUAAAUUAAUUAAUUUAAAAAAUUAAAAGGGGUAAAAAAGUAAUUUUUGAAAAAUUCAUGGUGAAAAAAAUUCAGACUUCAGGUCACUUCACUUCAAGAACUUUUGCUAAUCUUUAUUUUUAUAUUUCUAAUUUUUUAUUUUUAUUUUGAUAUCAAAUUGAUUUUUAUUCCAAUCCAAACCUUUUUUUAUGUGUAUAAAUGACAAAUUCUUAUGAAGGGUUAACAGUUUCCUACAAAACGUUGCAAUAACACACACACACACACACACACAGGACACACUCGUACCUCUGAAAACAUCUUCAUUCAGGUGAAAAGGAGAAACAUCACACGGCGAAUCCGUGACUUUUACAGAUUUUUGAUGACUUUUUUUUAUGCAAAUGUAGCAAUUAAACUGCGGCUGCGUUUUUUUUUUUUUUUUUUAUGCAAAAGGACAUUAUUGUGUUUAUAACGAUUGUGAGAAGGUGUGUUUAUUCGUACAGUAGUGUAGUGUUUAUCUGUUGUGCAUGCAGUUUUUAUUAUUAUCAUGAUAAACGUUGUUGUUCUGGAUGUAGACUUUAUUUCUCAUGAAGAAUUUUUCGCUCGGUGGUUUGGAGUUUGUGGAUAUUUUUUUACUUUUGCAUUUCCGUUUUGCGUAUUUUUUAAGUGUCUGAUCUUGCUUUUUUGUGUCUCUUUUAUAUUUUUAAGCUUCAUAAAUAUUCAAAGUUAGAAUUGCAUCUGUUGUUUAUUACAUGCAGAAUAAUAUUUAUGCUUUUGAUCUUGCUUUGUUUUAUCUGACAUAUCACCAAAUGCAGGGAUUUUCAACCUGAAAACAACAGAAAGGUUUUUUUUUUUCUUCUUGAAACCCUGAUUUGGAUUUGUAUCUAUUGGAAAGUAAAGUACUCUUGGUGUAUAACUACAUUUUUUGUUGAUUCCAUAUUGUAUUGUAUGCCUUUGUAACAACUCUUCAUGGCCUUGCACAAAAACUAGUGACAAACUAGAACUGGCAUGAUUAAAGUUGAAAAGUGUUUAGUUUGUAUUUUAAUCGCUUAAAAUUUUCCAUAAUGUUCAUUUUUACUCAUUUGUUGGAAACUUUGUUUCUAAAUUUGUUUUAUAAAGAAUUUUCACAAGAACGUUAAAA